AGAGGAAGAAACCUUAAGUCUCGGCUGCACUGUAAAUCGUCUCAAGCUGCCAACACUGAGGGGUUUUGUUUUGAGGAAAUGUCCCAGUGGUCUCAUUCACUAGAGAGACUUCUAUCAUCCAAAUAUGGUACGAAGAUAUUCCAGGCCUUCCUGAAGUCCGAGUUCAGUGAUGAGAACAUUGAGUUUUGGAAAGUGUGUGAAGACUUCAAAACGAUCAAGUCAUCCUUCAGGAUGUCGUCCAGGGCCAAAAAGAUCUUCAAACGCUACAUCCAAGCUGAGGCUCCGAGAGAGAUUAACAUUGAUCACAAGACCAGGGAGCUGAUCAGGUGGAACAUUAAGGCGCCCACCACAGUGUGCUUCGAUGACGCACAGAGGAUUGUGUUUGGGCUAAUGGAGAGGGACUCUUAUCCACGUUUCCUCAAGUCUGACAUUUACCAGGCUCUAAUGGACUCCAUGUUGGAAUCAGUGAAGUUGUAAAGAACGUAGACACUGGGGACAUUGUAUUUGUCAAAGCUGUGUCAAAAUGCUGACAGUGAACUUAUGACAGACUCAACCUGAGAAAAGCUAUUGUGGGUGUUUGCUUGUCUUUGGGAAGAGCACAGCCAACAGCAUUCAAAACAUUCAAAAUGUUCAGCACAUUCAUGCCUUUCUUUUCGGCUGGAGAAGCCAUGUUUUGCGGAUGCACCUGUUGUAAUAGUGCCUGUAGAGCAAAGCGAAAGACUUCCCAUAAAUGCAACGAUUUCUACAGUAACAAAGAGAGGGACUUUCUGUGACAGAUGCCAGGAAGUGGAUGUGUUACACCUAACACCUUCCACCCAAGACUGAAAAGCUACAUUUGCACAACGUCUUAUCUUUGGUCUGUUGUUAUGACUAAACCAACAGAUCAGUAGAUGGCAUCAAGACGUGGAUUUUUCUGUCCUCUGUGCUGUCACGCUAAACUAUCUGUUAUGUAAUGUUACAAAGAACCUAAUCUGUUAAGAGAUAUAAGAUAUACUCCACAGUGUCUGAAAGCAUCAUGAGUGUGACUAUUAAGAUGGAUUUGCGCAUGAUUAAUAAACAGUAAUUCUUUUUGAACAAA